AUGACGCUGGAUAGUAGCUCUCGGGCUCCUAAUGAAACGGGCAGCAACCCCGAUGAGCCCGUAGCUUCUAAUUCCAAUGAUGAGCCUUCCACAUCGCGUUUGCUUCCAGAACUGAAUACUGCAGCUUUCCAAAAUCUGAUUUUUGAACAGCUGGCUAAGAUACAGGACCAGAACGAUACGCUCAAACAGCGGGUUCAGCAACUGGAAGAGGGCCAACAAGAAUUCUAUUUCGAUAUAUGCAAGAAAUUCGAACGAGGUCUGCGAAGCUCUAAACAAGGCGUUGAAGAGGUAAGCUGUUUGAAAGAGGUGUUUAAAGAUAUUGUUGGCAUUAUGAGUGGCGAGAGAGUACGGUUUUUGGACCACUCUGACGAGAACGUCACGGAACAGGAGGCUGCCAGCACCGGAGAGUCGCAAUUGCUGGCCUCAAAUUACGAAACCCUCCAUCGCAUGCAGCAGGCUUCUGUCAGGCGCGAUGGAACAGCUUCCAAUCGUCCCAACCAGGUUAUAAAACAGGAGAAUAGCGAAUCAUGGCAGCGACUCAAUCACCCCGAUUUUACGGCACCCAAUGCACCCACUGCGUCAUCACGAAGCAACGAUGGCAAUGGUGGCAAUGGUGACAAUGAUAACAAUGACUCUGCUAACGACGAUGCAAGCAUACACGAUCGGGCAGCAAACUAUCGUCUAAACCGGCUCCUUAAAACUGUACAGGAUUUGGCAAGGGAAUAUUUUGAAGGUUUACACGGACAGCCGUCUGUGGUGGCCCUAGAACGACGAUUUGGACCAAGCUGGCGGUCCAAGGGUUCUGAGCGAUCCUUUUUUGCCAAGAGAAUGCAAAUCAUUCAUCGAAUUAUCGAUGUUCGUGACCAUCCAGAGAAGUACAACCUUCCUGCUGAUAUGAGUCUUAAGAAAGCUAUCCGUGUUAUAGAGAACAUGCGUUUGGGAAACAAUAUGUUCCACGGUGUAGCGACGCGAAUGACAUUGAAUCAAUUGUAUAUCUAUUUGGCCAAAAAAAUGGAUAGACCAGAGGACUACAGCUUGCAAUUGGGGCAAGUUGCGCGUCCCAGAAGACUCCAGUUGUUCGAACAGCGACAAUUAGAACAACCAGAUCAAGCGCCAAAUGAGAGCUCGGCUAGCUCUCAGAACGCAGCAGAAAGCGCUGAUACGGGUGCAGAAUUGUCGGUUACAACGUCUUCGGCAGCAAAUGCCAGCCAUCGUGAAGAUGCCUCUUCUAUCAAUCCAUGA